AGCCGGAAGUGAGUGCAGACUGCCAGCCGGGACCGGGAUGUAGACUUGACUGAAGCGUAUGGAAGGGGAGGGGCCAGCGGAUACCGGAAGCGAGAGAGUAACCGGGGAGCUCGGUGUAGUUUACACCAUGGAGAACAAACCGAUUGUUACUUGUGCUGGAGAUCAGAAUUUAUUUGCUGCAGUUUAUCCCAACCUGACCCAGCAACUUCCUCGAGAGCCAAUGGAGUGGAGAAGGUCUUACGGUCGUGCCCCAAAGAUGAUUCACCUGGAGUCCAACUUUGUGCAGUUUAAGGAAGAGCUUCUGCCCAAGGAGGGGAACAAGGCUUUGCUCACCUUCCCCUUCCUGCACAUCUACUGGACAGAGUGCUGCGACACAGAGGUGUAUAAAGCCAACACUAAGGAUGACAUCACCAAGUGGCAGAAUGCCCUGCGGGCUCACAGUACCUCUGAUUGGCUCAUUGUGGUGGUGGAGACCGAAGCCAAGAAGAAAAACAAGACCAAUAUUCUCCCACGCACGUCCAUUGCUGACAAGAUCCGGAGCGACUUCUGUAACAAGCAAAGCGACCGGUGCAUGGUCCUGGUGGAUCCCCUGAAGGACACACUACGCUCCCAGGAGGCCUGGAGCAUCUUUCUGUCCAAGCUGCGCACAUUGCUCCUUACCUCCUUUACACGUAAUCUGGGUCAUUUUGAGGAUGAAAUGAGAACCCUAAGAGAGAAGAGGACAGAACCCGCGUGGAGCUUCUGUGACUAUUUCAUGGUGCAGGAGGAGCUAGCGUUUGUGUUUGAGAUGCUGCAGCAGUUUGAGGAUGCCCUGGUUCAGUAUGAUGAGUUGGACGCUCUAUUCUCUCAGUAUGUGCUUAACUUUGGGGCUGGAGAUGGCGCUAACUGGCUAAGUUCCUUCUGCCAACCGGUACAGAGCUGGGAUGGUCUGGCACUGCGCAAGCCUAUUGACAUGGAGAAGAGGGAAUUGAUUCAGAGGCACAAAGCAACCCUGCUAGACCUGCGCAGCUACCUCUUCUCUCGCCAGUGCACCCUCCUCCUCUUUCUGCAGCGCCCUUGGGAAGUGGCAAACCGUGCACUUGAGUUACUCCAUAACUGUGUGCAGGAGCUGAAGUUGCUGGAGGUGUCAGUCCCCCCCGGAGCCCUUGACUGUUGGGUUUUCCUCAGCUGCCUGGAAGUACUGCAGAGAAUUGAGGGGUGCUGUGAGCAGGCUCAAAUCGAUGCCAAUAUCUCUCAUAUGGUCGGACUCUGGAGCUAUGCCACAGAGAAGCUCCAGUCCCUGGGGUCCCUGUGUGGGUUAGUUUCAGAGACUGCACCAUCUUCAGAAGAUCUCCAACGCACAGUUGAUUUACUGGCAGGACUGGGAACAGAAAGACCAGAGACUGCAAACACAGCACACAGCCCCUAUAAGAAGCUGCAGGAGGCUCUGUCAUCCCAGGAGGCCUUUGAGAGACAUUACCUGGAGUUAUCUCACGCCACCAUAGAGAUGUAUAACAGCAUUGGAAGGACUCGGUCUGCUAAACUGAUUGGAAAGGACCUAGCCGAAUUUUACAUGAAGAAGUCUGCUCCUCAAAAGGCUGAGCCAUUCCUGCAGGGAGCGCUAAAGAUGUACCAGACCGAGGCCUGGGCCCUACCUCUCACCCACACCCGCAAACAGCUGGCUGAGUGUCAGAGACAACUGAGGCAAAUAGAGCCAUACCUACAAACUUGCUGCUUGUUGGCUGCGGAUGUGAAUCUGUCCCAGGAGGAGCGUGCUGGGUAUUGUAAGGAAAUCCUCACAUUUGCAGAGAAGUCUUCUGGCACCCAAGUGCGCCUCCCUCUCAGCUCCUUUGCCCAGCUAACAUCUCUGCGUUUCGAGCCGGCCAAUGCUGUUGUACAUGUUGGAGGUUCCCUAUCCCUAGAGCUGACAUUGAACAGUAUGAUGCCACAGCCCGUGCAGCUUGAAUACAUCACUGGGCAUCUUCACUACAGUCUGGAUAAGAACAGCUAUCGGAAGACUGCUGAAUGGCUCAUGAGGCACAAACCUGCCAAUUCCACAGUUGUUUUCCCAUCAGAGGGACCCUUGGGUGCCAGUGGUUCCUCACCUGCCCUGGAGCUGGCAGAGAUGUAUGAGAAGAGCCCGUCAGAUGGAGGGUUAGUGAGCACAGGGGUGAUCUGUAAAAAUGUGCACAUGCUGCUACGCCAGCAGGAGCAAUCAUCAUCCUCUUCACCGCUUGACAGGCAUGGGGAGGUUAAUGGAGAGGACUCAACCCAUACACUGAGGUGCAGCAACGUUACUCUGCAGCCUGGACUCAAUCAUCUCACAUUCUGCUCACAGUCUCGCUCCUUCCUUUUCCCUUUAAGGAAAUACAUCCAGGUCCGCGUAGAGAACUCGUGUGUAUUUCAUUUCCAAUUGUCUGACAGCUGCCUCAGCUCCUCCAGAGACAUCCAGCUCAGAGCUCUGCACCCAGCAGACAAACAGGACAUACAGAGUCAGCAGUGUGUGUACUUCGUGUGGGAAGUGAUGUGGUGCCAGGAACCGCCAGCUUCCAUCUCCUGUAACUUCUCAGUCAGCUUCCUCCCUGCUCCCUCGUCUGAGUCCUGUGCACACCUACAGCCCUUUACCUACCUCUUCCAUCUGGAGCACUUUUAUACACUGUACACUGUGCGUGCUGAGAUAACGCCCCCUACGGACGCAGAGUAUUGUAAGACGGCUUCUCUCUGCUCUCUGGAAGUUUGCAUCACACGGCUCUGUGAUCCGGUGGAGACCGAAAGAGAAGAUGCACUAAGUGACUGCGAAGGGUUUAGCAGUAUGCAGCUCUUUUAUCAAGUGGUGGAUAGCGGCAGUAACUGGGCGGUGUGCGGGCGAAGUUCUGGCACGGUUAUUAUGCCAGUGUCUCGAGGGGCAUGUCAUAUGGUCAGGAUGGAGGUGAUGCCACUCUUUGCUGGGUAUCUUCCUUACCCUGAAGUGCGACUCUUCAAAUACUUGCCUCACCACUCCCAACAACUCGGUGCAGAUAGCUGGAUAGAGAACGACUCUGUUUCUGUGGAGGAUCCAUGUGAAGCUCCCAGCGGACAAGUUCGCAGCAUCAAUGCCCCUCCAGGGCCCACAAAUUCAUCCUCGGAGCAGAAGGGACUCCCACUGCCGAGGCUUCAGCCUUUCCAUACUGGGCAGGUCAACAAUGACAGCGCAGGGCGACAGAUUCUUGUGCUUCCCAGCACAGAUGACCAUGUGCUUGAGGUGAACGUAACAUGACCCUACGCCCCACAAGGGGUGAGAGAAACAUGUAUGGUAUAUGAACUGCUAGGGGUGGGACUUGGACAUAGAGGGAAUGUGCUGCUUCAGGGCACACCUCUGCAGAGCUUGUGGACUCAGCAUUUUUCUGUGGUUGCUGACAAGUCGGGUGGUGCAAUAUUCUGCACAGCAGAAAACAUAGAAACAUUAUCAGCAGACCUCUCUCGGAGUGUGGGGGUGAAUCUGAGACAUUCUGCAAGGUUCAGCCGUUGUCUGGAAAUCUCAGGAUGAAACAUGCAAAUGCCAGAGCUAUCUCAUGUGUUACUGGAAUAUUCACAUGCGAUCUGCAGCCCUCGGACCACAAACGCGUAGUCAAGUGAGCAGAAGCUCCAACAGCUGAAUAAAAUCCACACUUGCUAGCCUGGAAAA